AGAGCCGCCCAAACGGCAAUUGGUUGUUGGUCCACAGAAACAGCACUCUCUCUCUCUCUCUCUCUCUCUCUCUCUCUCCCAAUCUCUGAGAUUAAAUUCAGAACGAGGCUGCUCUGUGAGAGAUAAGAGUUAAGAGUUAAAGAAACAGAGAGAGAAUGAAAGCAAUAUCUGCGGCCAGAUCAGGAGGAACCAUCCUCCACUCUUCCCACAAUCGCCUCCGCUUUCUAUCUCUCCAUCUCCAAGUCCAUCCACGUUCCCCACCUAGUCUCCACCUCCCACCUUCAAGACCACCCGGUCACUCCCUAUCCAUUUCUCCUAAACCACUUCGUUUCGUCCUCAGAGCCGUUGAUUCAACCCAGGCCGCCUCGCUCUCCUCCUCUUCCGCCGACAAAACCGUCGUCGCCGAUGACGACUUCUCUCUUGCUAAGGUUUCAUUUGGUGUUAUUGGCCUAGGAGUUGGGAUUACACUCUUAUCGUACGGCUUUGGUGCUUAUUUUAAUAUCCUUCCAGGAUCUGAAUGGUCGGCGAUAAUGCUAACCUAUGGUUUCCCUCUUGCGAUUAUCGGAAUGGCUCUCAAGUAUGCAGAACUCAAACCAGUGCCAUGCUUAACUUAUUCAGAUGCACAGAAGUUGAGAGAAGCAUGCGCCACUCCGAUUCUUAAACAGGUCAGAAAUGAUGUUAUAAGAUAUCGCUACGGGGAUGAGCAGCAUUUGGAAGAGGCAUUGAAACGGAUUUUCCAGUAUGGUCAGGGUGGAGGAAUUCCACGGAGGAGUGCUCCAAUUCUACAAUCAAUUCGUGAAGAGGUUGCAGAAGAUGGUAAAUACUGUUUAGUCCUGGUAUUUGAAGCGAAAGCUCUGGAGUUGUCAGAUUUUGAAAAAAGACAGGCAAAAUUUGCUUCAUUCUUUGGACCGGGGAUCACAGCUGAAGUCGGAAAGAGUGGGGAUAAUCUAUAUGAAGUCCGACUUAUUUCCAACACAAACUCCAAUGCAUCUCCUUAAUAAUGCAGUGUAUGACGGAUUUAAUCUAACUCGAUCUGCUAUAUGGUUUGCUUCACUCAUUGCACUACAAUAGUCCCUUGUACAAUUUGUAUAAUGUUUAGAAUCAAUGGGAUUACAUUAAUAUUAUUACGAGCUUAAAUUUUUUAAGAGAGAAAUACAUAAAAUCAGCUGAUCGAAGAUGGAUGACAUUGGCUGUAA